UGGGACUUUUGGGUGUCAUGCAUUCCCCAGCAGGAGAAGUCAACUGGAGCUGCAGUGCUUCUCAGUCUUCACAGCAGUGUAACAGGCUCGGAUUAGAACAGCAUCAACAUGUCAGAAAGCGCAGAAGCCGUGGCAGCUAACCUGUCCAGUCGAAGAAAUGUAACUAUUGAGAUCACCAACCUCACCACUAACUACUGUCUGAUCAACCCCAAGGUGUUCUUGGAGAAAGGUAGCACUCCUAUUCCAGCCCAACCAACUGUGCGUCCUCUAAAAACCGAGGUGUGCACCUACAGCAAAGACAGCGGCAGAGCCUCUGGUGCUGUGGGCGUCAUGACCUAUGACCUUUUCGAGAAGAACCGUCAGGAUUACAUCGAGACAUUAGCCAUCAUGUUCUCCGUCCCAUACGACAGAAACAUGUACAAGAACUGGUUUGCCCUGGGGAUCUACAAUAAGGGAAAGGAGUGUGAUGAAGCCCUGUACAAAGAAAUGUACUAUGAGAAGGAGCCCAAAGGGUUUGUGAGAGCGGAGGCCACUGGAAGUGGAAUCACAUUUGAGGGGAACUACCUGGAUGUCAAAGCAACCAUGUCUUCUGUGGGCAAGGCCAUGAUGAAGGUAGAGCUCUGGGAUAAACUAUUCAGCCCACCAAUAGGCCAGCACCACUGAACACUGAAGGCUGUCUGUAAUCAGUGUCGUGCAUACAUGUGUCGUCCCAUGUGCAUCUGCUAGUGUAUCAUCUAUUCACUGUAAGAAUUGAAUAAAUGCAU